CGAAAUCGCGUUUUCAGGGGUCGUCACCUUAGCUACCAACGUAGCCGACACACCACCCACUCCAAGACGAGUCUGAUCAAGAUCGAGGGCGUUGAUGACACUCCCGGUGCCAACUUCUACCUCGGCAAGAAGGUCGCCUAUGUCUACCGCGGGCAGAAGGAGAUCCGUGGCACAAAGAUCCGUGUGAUCUGGGGCAAGGUCACCCGACCUCACGGCAACUCCGGCGUUGUUCGCGCCAAGUUCACCCACCCCCUUCCCUCGCGAUCUUUCGGUGCUUCUGUUCGUAUCAUGCUGUACCCCUCCUCGAUAUAA